AUGUUCUCAAUAUUGCAGUUAAAUGCCUUGGCCAACCGAGCAGCUGGGAAGGGGUAUGAAAAUGAAGACAACUAUGCCAACAUUCGCUUCAGGUUCAUGAGCAUUGAGAACAUCCAUGUGAUGCGGAACAGCCUGCAGAAACUCUUGGAAGUUUGUGAAUUGAAAACUCCAACAAUGAGUGAAUUUCUUAGCGGCCUGGAGAGCUCAGGGUGGUUGAGACACAUUAAAGCUAUUAUGGAUGCUGGAAUUUUCAUUGCAAAGGCAGUGAAGAUAGAAAAGACCAAUGUCUUAGUCCAUUGUUCUGAUGGGUGGGACCGCACAGCACAAGUCUGCUCUGUGGCCAGCAUCCUCCUAGAUCCAUUUUAUAGGACAUUCAAAGGACUCAUGAUCCUGAUAGAGAAAGAAUGGAUAUCCAUGGGCCACAAGUUCUCCCAAAGGUGUGGCCACCUGGAUGGAGACUCUAAAGAAGUAUCCCCUAUUUUCACACAGUUCCUAGACUGUAUCUGGCAAUUAAUGGAACAAUUUCCAUGUGCCUUUGAAUUUAAUGAAAAUUUCCUGCUGGAAAUUCAUGACCAUGUUUUCUCCUGCCAGUUUGGGAACUUCCUUGGAAACUGCCAGAAGGAUCGAGAUGAUCUGAGAAUAUAUGAGAAAACCCAUUCAGUGUGGCCUUUCUUGGUUCAGCGGAAACCAGACUUCAGGAACCCUCUCUAUAAAGGCUUCACUAUGUAUGGGGUACUCAAUCCUAGUACUGUGCCCUGCAACAUUCAGUAAGUUCCUAAGCUGUUCAUCCUUUCUUACAGCAAGCCCCAAGGCCUCAGCUUCUUUGCCUCUCCUUGUAUAACUGACAUCAUCUCCAUAAUCCAAGCUAUAGAGUAGGACAUUUUCUCCCAGAUUACCCAUUCCUUGCUGCCUCUGAAAGCAAGACCACACUCCCAUUAGUUUUCAGGGCUUUGUAGUUACUUGCUUAGGGAAAUAAACAAGAAACAAUUGUUUAUUUAUAGUAGUACAACCAGUCAAGAUGUAGGUUGUUUCAUUCCUUUUAGUCUUUCCUUACGUAUUUCUCUUCUUUCUUAUCCUUUUCCCCCCAAAAGAGAAGGAAAAACAGAGAAAGAUAAUGUGCUGAUAUAGUUUGUUCUACUUUCCCCACAAAGUGUUAAGUACAGGGUGCCAUGCUCACUGACCACAAUUCAAUGAGUACAAGACAGAACUGAA